AUGUUCAGUUCACCAAGCCAAUUUGAUGAAACUCAACCAUCAGACGAUAGCAUUACAAAUAUAUCCCAAACGACAUAUUCUAUAAGAUCUAGAAACACUAUAAAAGCAUACAAGCAAAGAAAACAAAGAUACUUGGACUUUUGUACAAAGAUUUCUCAUCCAUCAGGUUCCUUGGUUACUGAAGACAAGAUGUCAUUCCCCUUGGAAACUUACAAAAAACCAAACGCGGGGAGUCCAGGAACGAUGGCAGUAAUGGACCUUUACGGCGACCAGCGAUCUACUAUGCUCGGAGUAACUCUUCAAGAUCCUCGUGGACCACGUCUAAAGGCAUUUUUACGCGAAAUAAGACGUCAAGAUGCUAGACAGUCUCGACAAGCUCGACAAGCUCGACAAGCUCGAGCACAGCAAAAACAGCAACAACAGCAACAACAGUUCGAAAACGAAAAUGAGAUUGAUGUAUAUAACCUGAAGCGUGUACUCACCCAUCUUUUACAAAAGAUGGACGGUAUAGUUGAAUCAAUGAACAUCAAUAAUAAUACACAAGUAGCACAGCCUCAACCACGUUUGCAGCCACAUCAAGAAUGCUAUUGCCAAUCUGAAGAUAUAAAAUCCAUCAAAAAAUCAUUGGAGCAGAUCAACACAACAUUUGAUCACUUAAGAAGAGCUUGUGCAAUGUUUGCCUAUGGCAUGAACCCUCCUCCUCUCAAUAGUUGUACUACUGGUGCUGCUCCUACUCCUGAUCCUGCUAUGAACAAUACAGGAGCUCAACAAAAUACAACGUUUGAUUCACUUUUAACCCAUCCUAGUUAUAAGCCAACGCCACAUACACAAUCUAUACAACCAAUGCCUACUGAGCGUACUGCACGCAAUGUACGCCCUACACCACUUACUCAGCUUAAAAAGUCUGCGUCGCCUGUCCCAAUUCAUCCAAUACCUUUUGAUGUCCUGAGUCAUAAUAUAUCUCACUACACGAUGCAGAGAUGGAUCAAUAACGUCAAAGAUCUGUGGUGUGAAUAUUCUACUGGGAUUAAAAUGGGUGGGCUACAGUAUCCCUCGAUUCAGGAAAUCGAGAAGAAGUACAAAAGUGGGUGGAGAAGUGAGACAGAGAGAAAGUUCUUUUUGCGUCGGUCUGGUAUAAUCAAUGCCAUCAAAAGAAUUUCGCAAGAGAAUUGCUAA